AUGCAACGAGCUCCAAGUGUAUCUGAAUCUGAAGCAAGAUCUGUUACAUCGCGAGCAUCGGAAUUAUCAAUAUUAAAUGAUGAUGAAUGUAAACGUAUAUUAUCUGUUGUUGAACGUGAUUUUAAACUUCGUCAAAAAGAAUAUAAAAGAUUAGAUGAUAUAAAAAAAGUCAUUCGACAAGAAAGUGAACGUGUACAAUAUUUAGCUGGUUCAAAAGAUUUCAAUCUUGAACGUUGUAUAAGAUGUUUUAAACCAUUUCGAAUAUUUUUCAAUCCAAAAGAACCAUGUUCAGAAUGUAAAUUAUUUGUUUGUCAUGAAUGUGCAACUUAUGCGAAGGAAACCAAAACAUGGGCAUGUAAAUCCUGUUUGGAAUUGAAAAAACUUGAAGUUUUAACAUCGGAUUGGUUUUAUUUUGAAUCAAGUAAAAAACAUAAACGUUGUGGUAGUGCAAAAGUCGUUCGUGAACUUCAUAAACGUGAAAAAGAACUUGAACUUUAUCAUGAUGGUCGUUUAACAUCAUGGAAAGUUCGAGGACAAGGAGAUGUUCUUUCUGUUCGUUUAACAUGGUUUGAUCCUGAUCAUCGAAAUACAUAUAUAAAAGCAAAAGCUCGACAACAUUUAGCUGAUCUUGAUGAAUUUGAUGAUGAUCUUGGUUAUGGAACCUUACCAACACAAGAACCUGGUGCUAUCACUUCAUUUGUUACUUAUGAUACAAAUGUUAAACGUGAAUUAAAAGAAUAUUCUCUACGAUUAUCAUUACUUGUGGAAAAAUUACAAGCUGAUUUAAGUGAACGUAAUAUAUAUAAUAAUCAUCGUACAGUACGAGACAAAAUUGCAACUAUUAUUCGACGAGGCGGUAAAGAAGGUCUCAAAGCUCAUCAACAACAAAUUACAACUGAAGUUGCUCGUGCUCGCGUCGCUCUUAGUGGUCCACUCCGACCUGUAUUACAAGUAUUAUAUGCACUUCAAACUAUACUUGUUUCUAUACCGUUUGUGGCUAUAGUUACAAUAUUAUCUAUUUUAAUUUUAACACGAUUUAAAUCAUCACCAAAACCUAUUUUUAAUUAUACAGGUUCACAUACAACAACAAAUACAACACAUGAAAGAGAUUUACAAAAUUUAUUAAUACAACAAACAGAAGAAAUUCUUAAAACAAAUUUACAACAAUUUCAUAAAACUUUAAUCGCACCAAAUUCAUCUAUAAAUACAGAUAAUUUUGAUCAAAAAUUAGCACAAGCUAUUUUUGAUAAGUGUGUAAGCAAAGAAAUCUUUCAAGAACUACCUGAUGUUGUUGAUGCAUCAGCACCUCCACCACCACCUAAACCCUCACGACAAGCAUCAAACACAUCAUCAUUAACAUCACUUACAAAACCAUCAACAUCUCAACCAAAUUGGAGUAAUUCAUCUAGUGCAUCUUGGGAGAUUAAAUCUCGUAACGAUAGUAUACGUCGAGUACUUUUAUCAAAAAGGUCAGGUGCAGACGAAGAAGAAGAUACUAUUAAAGAAGACGACGAAGAAGAAGAAGAACAUAUAGUUAAUGGUACUAAUCAUAACCAACCACUAACUACAACUGAAAGUAUUGAAUUUGAUAAUGGUCUUAAAGUUGAUCUUAGUUCAAUUGAUGAUGAAACAUCAAAUCCAAGAAAACAUCGACGUUCUAUUGAUCCAGAUUUAGAAACAAUUAAUAGAUCAAAAGCUCGUGUUGGUGACUGGCAAACGAAUUUUACUUUAUUUGAAUCGAAGUCUUCACAUUCCGGAGACGAAACUACACGUAGUAAUCGUGACACUUUUGCUUUAACACUUCCAGUUUCUGAUAACAAAAAUAUAAGUCCACGUAUUGGUGAUAAACCUCUUGAAGAUCUAGCUGAUGAUGAUUUAUAUGCCGAUGAUGAAUCUUCAUCCUAUCCAAUUCCAAUAAAUACAACAACAAUUGGUGAACAAUCUCAAAUAAGUGAUAACGAAUCAACCAUAAAUCGUAAAACAUUUCCAUUACCAGCUAAUCUUCUUCUUCAAAAUCAUUCUUCUUGUUCAUUUCGACGACCAUCUUAUACAUAUGAAUCUGAUAAUGAAUCUAUAAUAUCAUCAAGUACAAGUUUAGCAGAAAUGAAAACAUUUAUUGAUGAAGAAAAAUUUCGUAUGGAUCCAAAUAUAACUGAUCCAAAAUUUAUUCUUAGACCUAAAGAUACAAAUGCACGUCUUGGUGAAACAGCAAGAUUUAAAACAAAAAUUCAAGGUACAGAACCAAUCGAUGUCUUCUGGUUUCGUUUUGGUACUGAUGAUGAACUUAUUAAUGAUGAAAAAUAUCAAUUAAGUCAUGAUAAUUUCUUUCAUUAUUUAAAAAUAUUUUCAACAACUAAAGAAGAUGAAGGUGCUUAUUUAUGUGUUAUUGCAAAUGAUAAAACACAAAAUGUUGAUAUGGUUAAAUUAUCCGUUAAAGAUAAUAAACGAUCAUUUACUAAACCAACUAUUACCCAAGAAUUUUCCGAUAUGGAUGUUAAUGAAGGCUCAUCAUUAACAUUAAGAUGUAAACUUGAUCAAGGUUAUCCAAAAGCAAGAGUUUUAUGGUAUAAAGAAAAUACAUUAAUUCAACCAAAUGGACAUUAUAAAUUAUAUUAUUAUGGUGAUGGACAACAUGCAUUACAUGUUGAUGAAGCAACAAUCGAAGAUGACAAUGGGACAUUUACGUGCUUGGCACUUAAUGCUGCUGGUCGUGUGCAAAUUACAGCCGAUGUGUUUGUUCACGAAAAAGAAGUUAUCGACAUACCACGAGAUUCUCCCGUUGUUAUAAAUCAAGCAAGAUUAUUAAGAAAACAACAAGCAACUAGAGAAGAUUCUGUUAUGAACUCGAAAGAACAUAAUGAUGAUAGUCCACCAAAAAUUUCUCCACCUCCAUCACCGUUACGAAGACCAGCUGAGAGUGAUGAUGAACAACAUAAUGCCAAAGUUUUUAUGGAUAAAUUUCGCGUUGAUCGAUCAAGCAAAUUUCUUGAAAAUUGGCAAAAUCUUUAUGAAGCAAGUGUUAAUUCAUUAGAAGCCGAUGAUGAUGAAUUAAGACAUCCAAUAAAACAAAAACAACCAUUUUUUCUUGAUCGACAUGUAUCCAUUGAACAACCACCAGAAGAGAGCCCUCGUUCACCUAUUAUUCCAUCACAAGCAAAUAUUAAUUCAUUAAAAUCUAAAUGGGAAAUACGUUUACCCGAAUUACUUAAUACCACUGUUGGUCCUGAUCGUCAAAGACGUGAUUCAACUAGAAGACAUACAACUAAUAUUGUUUUUCAACAAACACAGCAACAAUCAACCACGUCUAUGUCGCAAGAUAAAGAAUUCAAUCCACUUUCACAAUCAUUUUCUACAUCUCCAAUGUCAAAUGGUGUUGAUGGUGAACGUCCAUUAAGUCCACUUGUUAAACAAUUAAAACAAAAAUUCGAUCGAAUGUCAACAAAUAAUUCAACAAAUGAAUUUAGUAAAAGUCAUUCACAAUCACAAAUUCCUCGAGUUGCGAGUUUGACAUGUCGAGGAUUAACAUCUAAUAAUAUCGAACGUCCAACACAAAAAAUUCGUGCAAAACUACCCAUUCGAUCAUCAACUGAACAAAAUUCAAUGCCAUCAACCCCAACUAAUAAUCGUGAUGAUACUGUAUUAACAAACAGUAAUCUUCGUCAGAAAGGUAACUUAAACUCACCAAUCCGCACUGCACAAAGUCUAAAUAAUCAACUUUCAACAACAUCAGCUGUGCAACAAGUAAUUGGUGGUGGUGCCACGCUUGUCUAUGAUAGCUUAACACCUAAUAAUAUUUUACCUAUUACUACUACUACUAUUUCUCCUUUGCUUCAAUAUCAAUACUAUCCAAAUCAUCAUUAUCAACAACAGCGCAAAGAGCACGUGCGCACUGAACAAACAACAUCAAGCUUUAAAAAGCUGAAUUUAACUAAUAUUAAUAAUAAUAUUAAUAAUACUAAUAAUAAAAAUCUAUUAAUACUAACCGGAAGAAAUUCUUCUCAUAACACAAAAUUAAAUAAUACUAAAAAUGAAAAUCAACAUGUCAAUGAUGAUGACAAUGAAAAUAAUCAACAACAAAAACAAAAAAAAUUUCUAUUAACCAAAGACUCUAAUAAACGAUCAACACCUUUGUCAGAUAAUUCACCUAUUCCAGCAAAAUCUAUGCAAACUAAAUCUAAUGAAAAUUCAUUUGACUUAACUUUUCGUUCAUCAUCUAAUCUAUCAGAUCGUUCGUCAACACCAUUGGGAAGAAAAUCUGUUCUUGCACGUGCUGAACUUUGGGAUCGUCGUAUAAGUACAAAUGAAAAUGAUACAAAUGAUACAACAUUAACAUGCGAUAUAGAACAAUGGUCAAGUGAAUUUGAAAAAAUACAAAAUCAAAAUUAG